AUGUGUCCUGUCCACAGUGGGCCCCCCAACGGUUACUGGUUAACCAGAAUUGGUGCUGCAAACGAGUGUGUCUGGCAGGGGGUCGGCACAGGUGGUGACCAGAGCACUAGGCUGUGUCCUAACCCCUCUCUUUCCCACUUUCUGCAGAGGGAGGAGAAGCAACUGGAGUUGUCUCUGGAGGCGCUUAUUAGCCAGGUGGCUGACCUGAAAAACUCCUUGGUCAGCUUCAUCUAUAAGCUCGAGAAUGAGUAUGAUCGGCUCACCUGGCCCUCGGUCCUGGACAGCUUUGCGCUGCUCUCAGGCCAGCUGAACACGCUGAACAAAGUGCUGAAGCACGAGAAGACACCCCUGAUGCGCAACCAGGUCAUCAUCCCUCUGGUGCUGUCUCCAGAUCGUGAUGAGGAGAUCAUGCGACAGACAGAAGGGCGUGUGCCAGUCUUCAGCCAUGAGGUGGUGCCAGAUCAUCUCCGUACCAAGCCUGACCCUGAGGUGGAGGAGCAGGAGAAGCAGCUGAUCACAGAUGCAACUCGAAUCAGUGCUGAUGCGGCUCAGAAGCAGAUCCAGAGCCUGAACAAAAUAUGCUCAAACCUGCUGGAGAAAAUCAGCAAGGAGGAGCGAGAGUCUGAGAGUGGAGGCCUGAGGCCCUUCCCUAAAAGACCUUUCAACCCCGCGGACACCAAUGCACUGGUGGCGGCUGUGGCUUUUGGAAAAGGGCUGUCAAACCGGAGGCCCCCAGGCUCAGGAGGGCCUGUCCAAGCAAGCCAGCCGGGGGCCAGUGCCAUCCUAGCAGGGGCUUCCGGCAUCCAGCAGGUCCAGAUGUCGGGCGCUUCCAGCCAGCAGCAGCCAAUGCUUGGAGGAGUGCAGAUGCCACAGGCAGGCCAGCCAGGUAAGAUACCCAGUGGCAUCAAAACCAACAUCAAGUCUGCCUCAAUGCACCCCUAUCAGAGAUGAGCAGGGAGGAGCCUCGUCCUGGCUGACCAAACAGCACAAGCAUUGUUCCUGCCAGUUGCCACUCCGGAAUUUCCUUCCAUGCCUGUAAGAUCCCCGCCAGCCUCGUGCAUUUCUGGGCGGGUUCUCCCCCCCGGGAGCUCCAGGCUGUCUCCAUCCUCUGUGGCUUUAUUCAAAGAGAGCUGCUGGGGGCCACGUGCUUAGGGAACCCUGUCUGGCGGCGGGGGCCGAACCCUGUAUCCCAUCUGGCCUGGUGUGGAGAGACUCAUCCCCUUCACUCGUCCAGAUGCAGAAGCUGAAUGCCCUCCGAGAACCUCUUCUCCUGGUGUCUGUGUGAAGCAGUCCAUGGAGGUCCACUGCCUCCUCCCUCCACCCUCCCACUGUCCAAUAAAAACCGUGUUCCAUGCCAACC